UUUUAUUUUAGCACAAUGCCGAAUCGUCCGACGCGGAAGAAAGACCCCCGCAUUCUACUGCAGGAUUUCCUGGCGUUAUGCCUAUGGCUCCUUUUCCUGGCUGAAACCGCCGAUGGAAUGCGGUGCAGGAUUCCCUAUGAGAGGGUCAGGGAAAACUACUGCUACUUUGUUGCCGAUGAAGAACCGCUGCACACAUCGUUCCACAACUUCUGCUACCAGGACAAGCGCACCUCUCGGGUUUGCCUGGAUAGUGAGGAGGAGAUGCGGUUUCUGGCCCAGCACCUUUACGAGAUGGGCUACCCGAAUGGAACCCAGUUCUGGAGUGCCGGCCAUCGCUGGCCAGGUGACAAUCGCUUCUAUUGGAACUACUUUGGAAGGGCUAGGCCUCUGAACUACUCAAAUUGGGCGGUGGACGAGCCGACUCCCCAAAUGGGUAGGAACUGCCUAAUUCUUACACUUCGAGGUGGAGAACUCGUAAUGAGCAGUGAGUCCUGCUAUACCCGAGCUGUCGAUAUAUGCGAACAGACCCUGAAUGGUACAGAUGCCCGUUCUGUUAUCCACUGAUUGACAAAUAUUAUUUCGUAUACCUACAUAAGUACCUAGCCAAAGCGGCGUAUGACAAAAAUCACAUCUCGAAUUCCCUUUAUUUCUUUUAAAAUAUAAAAAAAUCAGGUGAAAUACCAAAAAAUUACAUUUUUAUAAACUUUUUGUUUAAAAAUUGUACACUAACAAAAAUUAAAGAUAUACCAAAAAUAAAUAGCGGUGGACUUAAGUCCUCCAUUAAAACAUCA